CGGCCGCCCCGCCGACAAACAAAGGCGGCGGGAGCGGCUGGGGCAGUGCCGGGUCCCCGCGGGCGGGGAAGCCCCAUGGGCUCCGCGUCCCUGCUCGGGCAGGACAGGCCGAGCUGCAGCGGCGGUCUCAGGGCCUAAAUACGGAGUUUUGCCUCGUCUUGCCUAGGAACCCUGAGGACCUUGCAAUAUGAAUAAUUCUCUGGAGAACACCAUUUCCUUUGAAGAAUACAUCCGUGUGAAGGCACGAACGAUCCCCCAGCACAGGAUGAAGGAGUUUCUAGACUCCCUUGCUUCUAAGGGGCCAGAAGCUCUCCAGGAGUUUCAGCAGACAGCCACCACCACAAUGGUGUAUCAGCAGGGUGGCAACUGCAUUUACACGGACAGCACAGAGGUGGCUGGGUCUUUGCUUGAACUUGCUUGUCCUGUGACAACCAGUAUCCAGCAACAAACUCAGCCAGAGCAGCAGAUACAGGUUCAGCAACCCCAGCAAGUCCAGGUUCAGGUCCAGGUCCAGCAGUCACCGCAGCAGGUCUCCGCCCAGCAGCUCUCUCCGCAGCUCUCUGUCCAUCAGGCUUCGGAGCAGCCAAUACAGGUCCAAGUGCAGAUCCAAGGCCAGGCACAGCAGCAGGCAUCCCAGACAAUACAGAGUCAGUCUCUUCAGAGCCCCAGCCCAUCACAGCUGCAGGCAGCUCAGAUCCAAGUGCAGCAUGUGCAGACUGCCCAACAGAUCCAGGCUGCAGAACUACAGGAGGAACAUAUACAACACCAGCAGAUCCAAGCCCAACUUGUGGCAGGACAGGCCAUUACUGGUGGCCAGCAGAUCCAGAUCCAGACAGUUGGAGCACUGUCACCUCCACCUUCUCAACAAGGCUCCCCACGAGAGGGAGAGAGGCGAAUCAGCUCUGCGAGUGUCCUUCAGCCAGUGAAGAAACGUAAAGUGGAUAUGCCUAUUACUGUAUCGUAUGCUAUUUCAGGGCAGCCAGUUGCCACAGUGCUGGCCAUUCCUCAGGGCCAGCAGCAAAGUUAUGUCUCUUUAAGGCCAGACUUGUUAACAGUGGACAGUGCCCACCUGUACAGUGCCACUGGGACCAUUACUAGCCCCACUGGAGAGACGUGGACCAUCCCUGUUUACUCGGCUCAACCACGUGGUGACCUUCAGCAGCAAAACAUAACCCACAUUGCCAUCCCUCAGGAGGCCUACAAUGCUGUCCACGUCAGUGGCUCACCCACAACACUGGCUACAGUGAAGCUGGAAGAUGACAAGGAUAAGAUGGUGGGAAGUACUUCAGUAGUGAAGAACUCUCACGAGGAAGUGGUGCAGACUCUUGCUAAUUCGAUCUUUCCAGCACAGUUUAUGAAUGGCAACAUCCACAUUCCAGUGGCAGUGCAGGCUGUGGCAGGGACAUAUCAGAAUACAGCACAAACAGUGCACAUAUGGGACCCACAGCAGCAACAGCAGCAGCCUACACCCCAAGAGCAGGGGCAGCAGCAGCAGCUACAAGUAACUUGCUCAGCUCAAACUGUUCAGGUUGCUGAAGUUGAACAGCAGCCACAGCCACAGACUUCACCUGAACUUCUACUUCCAAACUCUCUGAAGCCAGAAGAAGGUCUUGAAGUGUGGAAAAGCUGGGCGCAGACCAAGAAUGCAGAGCUGGAAAAAGAAGCCCAAAAUAGACUAGCACCUAUUGGAAGGCGUCAGCUGCUGAGGUUCCAGGAAGAUCUCAUAUCUUCAGCUGUGGCUGAGCUGAAUUAUGGUCUGUGCUUAAUGACACGAGAAGCUCGGAAUGGUGAUGGUGAACCCUAUGAUCCAGAUGUGCUCUACUAUAUCUUCUUGUGUAUUCAGAAGUAUCUCUUUGAAAAUGGCCGGGUUGAUGACAUCUUCUCAGAUCUCUACUACAUUCGGUUCACUGAAUGGCUGCAUGAAGUUCUUAAGGACAUACAGCCCCGUGUUUCACCUCUUGGUUACAUCCUCUCCAGUCAUGUAACAGAAGAGAUGCUGUGGGAGUGUAAGCAGCUCGGAGCUCACUCCCCUUCCACCUUGCUUACUACACUGAUGUUUUUUAAUACAAAAUACUUCCUGUUGAAAACAGUAGACCAGCACAUGAAGCUGGCCUUCUCCAAGGUGCUGAGGCAGACCAAGAAGAACCCUUCUAAUCCCAAGGAUAAAAGCACGAGUAUCCGCUAUAUGAAGGCUCCAGGCAUGCACCAGACAGGACAGAAAGUUACAGAUGACAUGUAUGCAGAGCAGACUGAGAAUCCAGAGAACCCCCUGAGGUGUCCGAUAAAGCUGUAUGACUUCUACCUCUUCAAAUGCCCCCAGAGUGUGAAAGGCCGGAAUGACACAUUUUACUUGACACCAGAGCCAGUGGUGGCCCCCAACAGCCCUAUCUGGUAUUCCAUCCAGCCGAUCAGCAGAGAGCAGAUGGAGCAGAUGCUCACCCGGAUCCUGGUGAUACGAGAGAUUCAGGAAGCUCUUGCCGUGGCUAAUGCCAGCACCAUGCACUAAGGCAUCCUUCGUGGCUCAGAUGGGGUGGGGCAGGGUGAUGGGGGAGGGACAAGCAAAGAGAAAUUGUACAGACUUUUACACUAAAGGAGAUGCCUAAGUUUUUGGUUUUUUAUUGGUGUAGUUAUGAAGCCCUUUUAGGCUUCUUCUCUUUAAAAGAAUCUAAAGGAAAACCUACCCAUUGUGUAUACUACCCAACACACCAAACACCAAACUGUUGGAACCAUUGGAGGCUGCAUAUCCCCUGCAAGCUGGGAGCUGUGGAAAGCUGCUGGUUGACUCUGGGUUUUUUUUUUAUGAUGUAGAAAACAUGAACUACAGGAUUGGCCUGGUUGGCUGGGGCCUCUGUCUCCUUGGAGCCACGUGCAGCCUAGAGGGCACAGAAUGAUGGAUGGACCUGCUCAGCCAGUGGAGGAGAGGCAGGCAUCUUCUUUUCUUGUGCUUGGACGUUAAUUUGCUGUUAUCUUGGAAGAAAGAGGAGAGAGUGAACUGCAAUUAUGAUUUAUACAAAAAAAAACAAACCAACAAUUUCUAUUCAGACCUUUAAGUGACAUUUUUAGAUGUUAAAAGUACAAACUUUACCACACUCUUCUUUUUUGGCCUAACAUUGAGGCCUUAAACCUUGAGGCUUCUGUGCCUGAUGGAAUUCUUGUAACAUACACUUGUGUAUCAUAUAAAGAUACCACCCUGUUUCUCUUAUGUAUUCUUACUCUAGUUGUUUAUUAAGAAUGACGAGCACGUCUUUUCAACA